AUGGACCAAAACAUUGCAAUCUCAUUCCUCCUUUCACCCGCAAGGAGUUGUGUUGAUUACUUCUCUUGUGAUACUUCUGUUGAUAAUAAAAGAUUGAAACUCUUUGGCUUUGAGAUAGAUUCUUGCCAGAAGAGUACCACUGCUCCUAUAUCUGAAAGAGAUGAGCGUGUAAGUUCCUCAGACACUGUUUUGUCGAAGGGCGGCAAAAAUCUUCCAGGAAAGGGUUGUAUAUCUGUUGAUUCAUCAAAGGUUGUACAUUCUAGGACUGAUGAUCUGCCUAAAGCCACUGGAAAUCCUCUGUGUUCCAUUGAGCUUCAGAAGUACAACUGUGAAUUCUGUUCCAAGAAGUUCACAAAGUCACAGGCCUUCGGAGGUCACCAGAAUGCUCAUAGAAAGGAAAGGCUGAUGAAAAAAGGCAUACAGCUUCAAGCCAAAAGGACAGGCUCUAAUGCCAAAAUUUUAUCUUUUUCUGACUAG